CCCCGCUCGCUGGCCCCGCACGCACCCGCGCCGCUCGCUGGCCCCGCACGCACCCGCGCCGCUCGCUGGCGCCACACGGCUGCCGCUGCUGCGGUAUCUCUCACACUCCUCCGCGCUCGCCCUGCACCGCACUUGCCACCAUGCCGUCGGCCACGCCGCGCAGCACGACGCUCACGCGCCCCGACGGCCUGCCGCUGGCCAUCCACGUGCCGACGCAGUGCGCCGCCGCGCAGCGCGCCCGCUGGCUCUCGCUCAUCCGCCGCAACGGCGGCUCCGAGGCGCACCGCAUCGGCAAGGCCGACCUGCUGCUCUUCGACCUCGACACGCCGGCGCAGAGCAAGCAGAUGAUGCGCUCCACCGCCGGCUUCCAGCCGCCCAUCCCGGCCGUGACGGCGCAGUGGCUCGAGGACUCGGUGCAGGCGGGCGCGCUGCAGGACAUCGGCAGCAGCGCAUACAACCCUGCCGUGCAGCUCAAGCUGCUCGAGGCGCGCCAGGCGCACGAGGCCAGCGAGGCGCACGCCGCAGCGCGCCAGGAGGCGCUGCAGGACCAGCCGCAGGAGCAGGAGGAGGAGCAAGAGGAGGCAGAGCAGCCAGCGCCGCCGCCGGUGCAGAGGCCGGCGCCGGUCGCUGCGGCGAGGCAUGUGCCCAGCAAGUCGCGCGUGCCCUACGACAGCGUGGACCGCGAGCAGAUCGUCGAGUAUCUGGCCGCCCGCGAGGAGCCGUGGAGCGUGCUGCAGGUCUCCAAAGAUCUGGCGGCGCAGACGCAGCGUCACACGGCCGCGUCGUACCAGACGCAUCUGGCGAACAACAUGCGCGACGGCCAGCAGUACGCCAACCGCGCACGGCAGCGCAAGGCCGAGGCCGCGGCCGCGCUGCAAGACGCAGUCGCGGCCAGCGCUGGUGCGUCGCGCGUGCCCGGCCUCGCGGCCGCCGAGGUGGCGGCAGCUGCGAUGCAGGCCCAGAAGAAGAAGAAGGCUCCGGCUCGCGCGAGCGCAGGUGGCAGCGCGCAGGUGGAGGAGCGGCGGGCGGGUCCUUCGGCGCGUCCAGCGAGCAACGCCGAUGCGCAGCAGCAGUCCAUCGAGGUCGCCGCUGGCGUCCCUCAUCAGGACGGCUCGGAAGCGCCGGCAGUCGCGGCCGCCUCCAAAGGCACCGCGCCUCGCGUCUCGUUCCGCGCUCCGGCGAGCGCCGAAGACGACGAGGAGUUCGAGCCGCUCAGCGAGGCGGAGGAGAAUGCGGAGAGCGCAGACGCGCCCGCGCCGCCGGCUGUCGCUGCUGCUGCGCCCGUCAGCAGCCAUGGCAAGAGUGCUGCGCCUGCCGAGGCUGUGCCUGCCGAGGCUGCGCCGCUCCGCAGCGAAGACGGCGCCGCGCCACCUCCGGCUGCACCAGCCGCCGCUGCGCCCGCCGAAGCCGUCGCUAGGCCUGCUGCGACCUUCACCGUGCCUGAGCGGCAGCUGCUCGCGACCAUGCUGGCGGACAUCCUCUCCGACGCGCAGGCCGCAGCGAACAAUGCAGAGUCUGCAGACCAGGAGCUGGCGCUCGAUCCACCCGACGCGCUCUGGCACGACCUCACCGACACGUAUCCGCACCACACGGCCGAGGAGUGGCGCACUCACUACCUGAAGAACGAGGCGCGCUACCUCGCCCUGGCCCGCGACGUUCUGGACAUGCAGGGCGAGACGCAGACGCAGCAGCAGACGCAAGGCGCCUCGCAGGACUCGUCGCAGGGCCAGUCUGAGCGCGACGAGCUCGCCACGCCGGUGCCCGGCUCGAUCAACGAGAUCAAUGUCAAGGCCGAGGCGCUGCAGAGCUCGCCGACUCGGCCAGACGUGGUGGCUGCGCCGCAGCCAGAGAGCCGAGCGAGCACCGAGGCAGCUCAGAGUGCCUCAGACGAGCAGCGUGACGCCGAGCAGGACGAGCAGCUCGAGAAGGGCGCGCAAGAGGACGAUGCUCAAGACGCGCAAGGCGAGCAAGACCAGCAGGUGGAGCAGGGCCCGCAGGAUGAGCAGAAUGAGCAGGGCGAGCAAGAUGAGCAGCUGGACGAGCAGGGCGAGGAUGACGAGGAGGACGAGGAGUCCGCAUCGGAGGCGGCCGCUGAUGAGGAAAUGGCCGUCGAGGCAUCAAGUCCCUUGCGUGCCGUCGAAGAUGAGUCUCCGGCCGACGACAGAGACAUGUCGCCUGCCUUCCAUGCCGACGUCUCGCAGCGCUCGCUGCACCACGAUGCGAAACGCAGAAGCCUCACGGCGGCCCUGCAGUCCGACAGACAGGAGGCUGCCUCGCAGACGACUUCGCCGACUCCUGCCGCGGUGCCUCGCUUCGACGGCGCGCCGGAUGCCGAAGUUGUCCAGCCGCCGGAGCAGCCAGUGCGGGCGCUGCCGCUGCCAAUCGUCAAGCCGGUGCCGUCGCCCGUCGCGCAGCCGCUGCCGCCGCCGGUUGCAGCUGCUGCACCGCGCCUGCCGCCCCAGCCGGCUGCGAAGAAGUACGUCUCCGUCGCAGUCGGCUCGAGCCAGGUGGUGCCGCUUGAGGCCGUUUCGCCGCAGCUCAAGCGGCGGCGCUCCGACGAGGCCGCGCCGGCCGCUCCUGCGCAGCGCCUGGAGAAGCGCCCGCGCCACACAAUCGCAGACGCCCGCCCAGCGCCGCAGGCUGGCAAGCCGCUGGUGCCGCGCCACAGCAGCGCCCGCUACCACGACUUCUCGCGCGACGACGAGGAAGGCGAGCCGGCGGCAGAGGCUGCUGCCACGACGGCCCGUGUUACGCACAAGCCAGCGCGCGAGGCGCAACAGGCCUCAGAGGCGGGACCCUCGCGUCACGCCGAGGCAGAACGGCGCAAGAUGCGCGACGUCAAGCAGUGGCGAGACCGCUCGUCGGCAGAGCUGGGCGUCGUCGACAACGCACCGGCUUCGCCGCGUCGGCGUGCUGCACCGGCCGCUGCUCCGCCUCAGCAAGCUGCUCCGGCCCUUGCGCCGCCUCAAGCACGCGAGCGCGAGCGCUCCAACGCCUCUACGACGGCGCACACCAGCACGCACGAGGAGCGCCUCGCGCGCGCCAAGGCCAAGUUCACGCGCGACGUGUGCGCCUUCCGCGACGAGUACGGCUUCAGCAUCGUGGCGCAGGCGCUGCCGUACCUGCGCAGCGGCGACGUGGCGCGCGGCCGCGAGCGCAUCGAGGCGGACAUUGCGCACUGGGGCAGCAAGUACGGCCUCAGCCGCGGCGACGUCAUCAGCAGCAUCCGCGAGGCGCAGGGCGACGUGACCGAGGCGAAGCGUCUCAUGCAGCUCUAGGGACAGCGAGGGGCGCCGCGGGGAAAGAGAGAACGCGUCACGAAUUAUUGUACACUAGCCUCCUCACUGCUUCUGAAGGUACUUGACUGCCC